AUGCCCCGCCGGCACGUAUGGCGCCUCACCGCAGCUCCCCAAUGUGUCGUCCUGCUCGAUUUGCGACCCCGGCUUCAUCUGCCCCACGACUGGCCUCGUCAGUUCGACGACCUUGUGUCCGGCCGGCUCGUACUGCCCCGGAGGGCAAGGACGUUUGCCAACAACACGGGCCAGAGCGCUUGCACGCCGUGUCCUCCUCAGUUCUACUGCCUCAGCAACGUGUCAGUACCAUUGCCGUGCCCGGCGGGGUACUUUUGCCCCAGCCAAACGAAGUACGCGACGCAGUUUGCGUGUCCUGCGGGCUCAAUGAGCAACCAAACGCAGCUGCCGUCGGCGGCGCAGUGCGACGACUGUCCGCCGGGCCGAUAUUGCAAUGGCCAAGCCCCGACAAAUGUACCGUCUGGGCUCUGUGCGCCAUCAUACUACUGCAGCAAGCGUGCUAUUAGUCCGCGACCCAACGAUACGACGGGGGGUCUCUGCAGUCCUGGCUAUGUGUGUUUGGACGGGUCGUCGGUGCCCAACCCCACCGAUGGUGUCACGGGCUUUGCAUGUCCACCAGGAAACUACUGCCCCAUGGGUUCAGCUUUCCCAGUUGGCUGCGCCCCCGGCACCUAUAGCCCCCUUCUCGGCGCUGGGAGCUGCCUCGGAUGUCCCACAGGAUUCUUUUGCCCCCAAAAUACGUCCGUGCCGAUCGGCUGCCCCGCCGGCAGCUUUUGCCCCACCAACACAUCCCUGCCACAACCAUGUCCCGUCGCCACGUACAGCAAUGUGGUCAACUUGACGAGCAGCUCGCAGUGCGCUCUUUGCUCCCCGGGCGCUUUCUGCAACGCCACGGGCCUGACGCAGCCGACGGGCUUGUGUGCUUCGGGUUACGUCUGUACUGGAGGCUCCCCGAUCGCCAACCCCAUCAACCAAACGUUCGGGUCGCUUUGUCCUCCCGGUAACUACUGUCCAGUGGGAUCGGCCACGGGCACCAAAUGCCCCAUCGGUACAUACCGCCCGACGUUGCAGGGCGAAUCCGACUCACUGCGCCGUCGGGAGUGUGUGAUGCUGGGUACUAUUGCUCUCUCGCUGCCUCGACGCCUCGCCCUGUGGAUGGGCGCGACGGCCGUGUCACCGAAUGACCAAGAAGAGCUCUGGGCGGGGCAGUGCCCCGUGGGUACGUUCUGUCCAAACGCAACAGCGCUCCCGACGCCGUGCGAGGCGGGUCACUACUGCGCCUCGUCAGAUCUUCAAAAAGCGAGUCCGUGCAGUCCUGGCUUUUACUGUGUUCAGGGCUCGUACACUCCGACGCCGACGGGCCAAGUCGUUGCAAAUGGCAUCAUUGGCAACGAGUGUCCUCCUGGCACGUACUGCCCCGCGGGCACGAGCAACCCGAUUCCUUGUCCGUCGGGCACAUACUCCAGCGUCAAGCAACUUGCCAAUGUCACACAAUGUCUGCCCUGCUCGGCGGGCUACUCGUGCCCCAACACGGGCACGAUCUUGCCGUCCGUGCCAUGCCCACCCACGGUCUAUUGCCCCGGAAACAAUGUGCAGGUAACGUGUCCUGUCGGCCACUACUGCCCGGGGGGCGUCCUCACAGCUCCUGUUCCGUGUGCUGCGGGAUCGUUUGCCAACAUUACGGGCUUGGCGGCAUGCUUUGGCUGUCCCGCGCGGUCGUACUGCUACACAGGAACGGUCAUUCCUGUACCGUGUCCGGCAGGGUACUAUUGCCCAAUGAACACGACGUUCGCCCAGCAGUAUCCUUGUCUGCCGGGGACUCUCAGCAACGUUUCGUCGCUUGCGAGUUCCCUCGAGUGCGCCUCGUGCCCCCCUGGCCAGUAUUGCUCGGGCCUGCCGCCCACAGUGGCACCGACGGGUCCGUGUGCACCGGGGUACUAUUGCACUCUUGGUGCACGGACGCGCACGCCGGUCGACAGCACGGGCGGCAUCUGCUCCGAUCGAUUUGUGUGCUUGGGCGGAGCAAGUGUCGCCAACCCCGUCGACGGCGUUACCGGGCGGCUCUGCAAUCCUGGCUCGUUCUGCGUCAACGGCACCGAGCAAGCGUGCCCGCUUCACACGUACGCGGCCAUUGCUGGCCAAAGAAGCUGCGAUGCGUGUCCGCUGGGGCGCUAUUGCUCUGGCAACACGUCGGUCCCGAGCCCAUGUCCGCAGCGGUACUACUGUCCCGUGGGUCCCCCCGUGCUCUGUCCGAACGGAACCUAUGGCGCCCAGAUGGGGCUCGAGUACGCAUCCCAGUGCAGUUCGUGUCCCGCGGGCAUGUACUGCACCGACGGAGCCAUCACAGGGCCUUGCGCGAGUGGCUACUUUUGCAAGUUUGGCAACUACCAGCCCAACCCGCUCAACUACAAUCAAAGCCUCUUGCCGUGGCAGCAGCGGUCGGGCGGCGCGUGUCCCAUUGGCUACUACUGCACCCAAAAUACGACCGACCCGCUACCUUGUCCGGGCAACUCGUCCCGCCUCUCGCCCUUUGGCACCGAGCUCUACGACUGUGCAGAGUGCCCCGCCGGCAAGAGUUGCUUGGACGGCGCCGUGACAGUCGACUGUCCAGUGGGGUUCUAUUGCCCGCAAGCGCAACUGCCGCAGCCGUGCCCCAAAGGCACGUUUAAUCCGAGCACGGGCGCCAGCGCCGUUGAAAAUUGCAUUCCAUGCCAAGCCGGUCGGUAUUGCAACCGCACCGCUAGCAUCAACGACACUGCGUUCGACUGCCCAGCCGGCUCGUUCUGUCUGCGCGGCGCGCCGGACGCGAGCCCGUGUCCUGCCGGCACGUACUUGCCGACGACGGGCGGCUCGUCUGUUGCCAGUUGCCGCAUCUGCCCUCCCGGCUACGAGUGUCCGUUGGGCAGCAUCACGCCGAUCGUUUGCGAAGCCGGCUUCUACUGCCCGUCCGGGUCGGGCAACAUGACGAUCUGUGCACCGGGGUACUACUGUCCGUUCAACUCGACAGCAGGUGUGCCUUGCAGUGCGGGCUACUACUGCCCCAUGGGCGCCUUCAACCAAACCGCGUGCACGUUUGGGACAUACUGUCCGCCGCGAGCGAGCAGCCCAAUUCCAUGUCCGUUCGGGUCUCUCUCACUCCUGCGCCCGAACGGGUCGCUCUACCGCAGCCUUGCCGAGGCGUGUCAGCUGUGCCCCAAAGGAACGUACGGCAACGGCGCGAACUGCACCAUGUGCCCUGAAGGGUACGUCUGCUCGGAAGGGUGUACGUCCCCCACGCCCCGGAACGCGUCGAUCGACAAUGGGUAUCUAUGCCCUGCGGGCUACUACUGCGGCAAUGGAACGUACCAAGAGCAGCCGUGUCCCGUCGGCACGUACAACCCGAUGCCGUUGGGCAUCUCUUUGAACACGUCGUGCGCGCCAUGUGCGGCCAAUACGUACCAGUACCAGGUGGGCCAGGCCACGUGCUACCCGUGCUCGACGAGCUCCAAUGCAGCCCUUGGCUCGGCGCAGUGCCAGUGCGUCGGCCAGAACCGCGCCUUUCAAAAAUCUGACGGCUACUGCAUCUGUGAACCAGGCUACGAGUACUACGACUCGAAUGGCAUCUUGCGCUCCGACAGCGACGACACCGCCGACUGCCAGCCGGUGGUCUACCCUCGGUGCGGAUCCACUCAGGUCCGGUCGGCGUCGGGAAGCUGCGUGGAUCCGUCAAGUGUGUCGUGCGCAUCGGCCUGCAACGGCGGCACUGGCACGUUCCUCGCCACCUCUGGCAUUUGCACGUGCACGAACGCGCCAUCGCUCGACUCGGUGUGCGACAGCGCGUGUCGCACCUCGACGACGCAGCUGCGGCUCAACCCGCUGACGAGCACGCUGCAAUACUACGACCCCUCGACCAACGUGUACACGCCCGUGCCAGCCGCCGACCAAGGAGCGAUUACCGGGAGUCUCAGUUGCAACACCAAUACGUCGACGAGUUGCCAAGUGCUGAGCAUGCAAGUGGGCGGAAAUGCGUUUAGCGGCAUGUACAGCAAUGCGCUGCCGGGGACUUCGCGGCGGCGCCGAUUGACAGAGUCGAACGGUAUUCUCAACCCGAUGCUCUGUCUCCAAAAGAGCGACUCGGUUCUCUUCUCGAUCAGCGGCGCGUCGUACCCCGUGUACAUGAAGGACUCGCUCAUGAACACCAACCCGAGCUUCGACUAUGGACCGUUCCGGUCGCUGCAAGAGGCGAUGGCCUCCAACGCGUCUUCUGUAUCGGCGUUUGCGUAUACGUUUACGGCGGCCGGCACCUAUGUCUUUGCACUCAGCAACAACAGCGCGGCGUUGACGAUCGUGACCGUGAUGGAGACGGGCGUCAAGUGCCCCACCGAUGGCCCGAUCGUGCCCAUGAGCCAAGGCAACUUGAUUGUCCUUAGCGCCAAGCCCAGCUCCAACAUAAUCAUGGCGCCCAACUGGGGCCUCAUUGCGGGUUUGCUCUGCGCGCUCUUUGGCGUUGUCGCAGGUAUGAUUGGUGGUCUCUACUACUUUCGACGCAAGUCGUGGGUCGCCAAACACUCGAGCGCGGGCGGCUACAAGGACAAGGCGCGCGGCUUUAACCUCAACAACCUCCACACCAAAGGCUCGGUCGUCAAGAAAACAGCCAAGGCUGUCAACGAGGCUGACGGGGCCGUUUUGCCCGAAGACCUCGAAGCCAAGCCGGACGUCCAAGCCAGUGGCGACUAUGUGCCUGAGCUCAACCGCUGGGACGACGAUGAUUUGGGGAUUCGUGAGCUUGUGGAUCGCUUGCAAUUCCACCACGACUCGGUCGAGAAGGCUUUUCAUGACCAGGAAACGGGCGCUGCCAAGAUGAUGAAGAUGUUGCAGAACGAAGCCGACGAGCUCAAGAUGCUUCUGGCGUCGUUGGUCGUGGCGCAAAAGAGCCAAGAUAAGGACAAGUCGCCGACGAGCAACUGCGACGCGGAGCUCGUCCUUCUCGACACGCUACAAAAGAAUGCGGCCGACCGCGCCGACUUUGUCGCGAGCUUGUCCGACGUCGAGCUCCGUGUGGCCAAUGCGGCGAAGGAGCUGCAUACGAUGGUGCAUCCCAAGACGAGCCUUGCGUCAGCCAUCAUGGACGAACUCGCGUUGCCUAGUCUAAUGUCCCCAACGUUUGCCACACUACUGGCCGACCUCGCCUCGUUAGAAGCCAGCGUCGUCGCCGAAACCGGGUUGCUCCCGACACUGCAGUCCGAAGCCAACCGGCGCCGCGUCCAGAGCGCGGUUUGGAAAGCCUUUGGUCACACCACCAAGGAGCUACUGCCUCCCGCGCUUCUCGAUGCCAAGGCCAAGUGCGAAGCUGCCUAUGGCGAAAGCGAUGGUGCGACGAGCGAGGCCUGCGACUACCUCGUCAAGUUUGCGAGCGUCGUGCCCACGUACACCAAGAAGCUCCAGGAUUUCGCCGAUACGUUCCGGAACGAGUGGCAGCACGCCGUCGAGCAGCAAAACCCCGCGCUUCUCAAGCCCGUACGCGUCAAAUACGAAAAGGUGCUGGGGACGCUUCUGAAGGAGCUCCAAAGCGGCACCACCAAGCUCUCGCAGCGCGUCCAAGCCGACCAGCAAGCGCUAACGAGCGCGCGGGCCCGUCUCGUACCUGCAACGACCCAUUUGGACGCUGAGCUGGCGCAGCUACGCGAUCAUUUGAUAACGACGCAACCGAUUGUCGUUGAAGAUGCCGCCGAGCCAACGUCGGACGUCAAGGAGCUCGUGACGCAGCUCCGAGCGCUUCUUGCCAACCCUGGGCAGCUGCAAUUCGCGGCGCCAACGCUCAAUCUCGACAAGCUCAUCGACGACGUUGCCGAGCGCGCGGAAGCGGACGAAGUCGCGGCGCACCCCGCCGAGGCUGCGAUGGACGACGCUGACACAGCGCUUUUGGCCGUCGAGUUGCGACGCGAGGUCGAUCGGGACAACGAACGACUCGAGAAGCUCAAGGAGGACUUUAUGACGUCGUUGGACGCCAAGCCCGACCUUGGCGAGGCCGAGCGAGAAAGCAUUUUGGACGCGUUCAACGAGGACAUGGCGCAUCUGCAGGCGACGCUGGCGCUCGAGCGCGAGAAGCACCAAGAGCAGCUGCGCAACCGCCUUGCGAUCCGGAAGCUCAAGAAGGACACGGAGCUUGAAGCACUUUUGCAAGACGAAGCCCUCGAGGAAGAGAUGCUCGAGAAACAAGAGGCCGAGAUGCAGGCGCUGGAGCGCGCCUUUGAAGAAGAGCAAGCCAAGAUCGAAGCCGAAUUUGACUUUGGCGAGCCCGAAAUGGACUUUGGCGAGCCUGAUUUUGCGGAGAUGAACAACGAAGGCGACAUGCAGUUGCCGCCAUCACGGACCACGUCGCGCCACGACAAGCGCGAGGACCCUGUCGAUCGCAUGCUCGAUAGCUUUGAUGCAAAGUGGCGCGAGAAGCAAGCCAACCUCGACGACGAGCACGCGCGGGCCAAACAGCGGCUCAAAGACCGUCUCCGCGAGAAGCGAGAGCGCAUCCGGGACCCCAACCAAGAGGCGCUUGUACACGCCGCCGAAACGCUGCAAGCGCGGCUUUUGGACAGGGCAUUCGAGACGCAGCGCGACAAAGUGCGCAACGAAGCGUUGCUCGAGACGUCGAUGCGUGCGUCCAUGACAUCUGCGGACGUUCGUGUUCUGAACAAGGUGCUGCACGACAAUGCAGCGACUUGGGCGGCGCGAUUGGAAGCCGCAACGCAGGACGAAGCAACUUGGCGUGCUCAGCUGAGCGCUGUCACCGCGAGCGGUCAACCAUUGCCGCCCGAGCUUGAGCAACUCCAACAAGAGCUGUCCCAAGCGCUCCAGAUUGAACGCGACGUCUUAACAAGCGCCCAGCUGCUAGAAAAAGCACAGUUGGGCUCGCUCGCCGAGGUGGACCUGACGACGCUGGACGCGAUCUACAAGAACUUUGACGCCAAGUGGAAGGAGCGACAGGCGCUGCAAGAGUCGGACAAAGCGCGAAACAAGCGCAAGCUCAUGGCGCGUCUUCAGGCCAAGCGGGCCCAGCCGCGCGACGCGUUCGCGGCGUCCUUGGAUGACGUGACCGACAAGGCGCUCUUACACGGUCUUGCUGUGGAGCGGGAUGCUUUGGAGACCAUUGGUGCUCUUCUAAAGGCCACAGAUGCGAGUCAAGCCACUGACGCCAACGUGGCCGCCCUGCAGGCAUCGUUUGCCGAGGACUGGGCCAAACAAAAGCAGCUGCUGGCCACCGAGACAGCGCUCAAGCGAGCGCAGCUGGCAGCGCGACUCACACGUCGAAAGCAACUCAUUGAUGCGAUGCCUGCUGAGGCCCAAGACGCAGCGCUCGCUUUCUUGGCUUCUGAGAGCGCGAUUGCCGAGCGCCAAGUGGCUCGGGAGACGGACGUGGCCGUCGAGGCGUUGCACGCUGUGCUCUUGACCGACAAGGCGACACUCGAUAUGUUGUCGGCGGACGACAAGGCCUACAUCCAGCGGUUGCUGGACGAGCAUGCGACCAAGUGGGGCAGCCGCCAGCGCGCGCUUCAAGACGACCACGCGGCCGCCAAGACUAAUUUAGCGCGGCGCCUUCAAGCUCGAGUGGAUAAGAAACCUCUGAACGCGCUGGCCAUCAAGGCGCUCGACGACGAGUUUAGAGCCGCCGAAGAGAGCCUCACGCUUGCUGCGCUUCUCGAGAAGGCCCAGGUUGGGUCCUUAUCCCCGAGAGAGCGAGCGACGGUCACAGCGCUGGUGGCUGGCGUGGACACCAAGUGGCAGCAACGUCGGCGCGAACUCGACAUGGCCGAAGCCACCGUGCGCCACGAGUUGGAAGCGACCAACGAAGCGACGCCCGAGGCGCUCGAGGAGCUGGAGCACUCGAUGGCGCUGCAGCGAGAGAUAUUGCAACUCGCGGCGGGCCAGGAGGCGCAUCAAGUGCGCGCACUUGAUGCGGCGUUGAGUGGGGACGACGACAUGGCAGUCGGUAACGACGACGCUCUUCGCCGGGUCCAGAGCGAGUACGCAGCGGCAUGCACCCGUCGCCAAAAGGAACUGGACGACGAGGCAGCAGCGCGACGCGCCAAGCUCGCGGACCGAAUUCGUCGCCAGCGCCUCGCCAACGAGGCACUUCCGACCGACGAGAAGGCCGCGGCCAACCACGCGUUGGAGAUCGAAGCUGCCGUCGAGACGCGUCAAGUCGAAUUGGAAUCAACGCUGCAAAAAGAAGCGGUCGCGACGGCGCUUCUAGUCCAAGCGGCCAAGGACCACGCGUUGUCACCAGCCAAUAGCGCCGAUAUUGAAAGCCUGUUAACGAGCCAUGAAAAGAAGUGGGCCGACCGCAACCGCCUUCUCGCCGACGACCAAGCGCUUGCCAAAGCGGCUUUGGCCGAUCGGCUCAAGAAGCGCCAGAACAAGGCGCUCAACGCUGUGGAAAUGGCGGGUCUCGACUUGCAUACGAAUGUUGUGGCCGAGGCCCUCGCGACAGCCGCGCUCGUCGAAAAGGUGCAGCUCGGACUCGACCUUUCCGCGACAGACACCCAGGCUUUGAAGGAGUUGACCACCGAGCAUGACGCCAAGUGGAAGAAACGGCGCGACGAGCUUACGGCCGCCGAGGCCGACGGCAAGAGCGCGUUGGCGCAGGACCCAGCGACGACGCCAGAGCGCAUCGAAGAGCUCGUGGCUAUUGUCGCAAAAGAGCGAGAGCUUGUGGACCACCUUGAACAAGUCGAAGCGGCGCAGUUGGCGUCGUUGGCACCUCCGACCAGCGACCGCGGCGCUGAUGACAAUGAAGCAGCCAUUGCCAGUCUUCAAGAGGCCUUUCUACGGCAUCGUCAGCGAGAACGGGACCUUGCCGAGGCCGAGACGCAGCUGCGUAGAGCUAAACUCGCCGACCGACUGCAACGGCAGCGCAAGGCCAACGAGACUCUUCCACCUCCUGAAGCAGAAGCAGAAAACGCGCUCCUCGAGGCGCAAGCGACGCUAGAAGCGCAUACCAUGGACCUCGAGGCGGCCAUUCAACAGGACGCCUUUGUCGCCGCGAACCUGGCGGAGAAGGCAGCCCUCGGUCUCUUGUCACCGGCCGAGAGAGACCUCGUCGACGAGCUGCUUUGCGAGCACGAAACAAAGUGGGCGGCCCGCCAGCGGCAACUCGACGACGACAAAGCGGUGGCUCGCGCCAAGCUGGCCGAUCGUCUGUCCAAACGCCAGAGCAAACCGCUGGCAACAGCAGUGCACAAGCAGUUUGAAGAUGCCGUCGCCCGGAACGAAGAAGCUGUUGCCGUCGCGUCGCUUCUCGAGAAGGCGCAGCUCGGCGUGCUCACGCCAGGCGAAAAGGACGCUGUCGACGUUCUUGUCGAGACUCACGAUGCCAAGUGGCACGACCGCCUCCGCGACAUCGACCUUCUCGAAGACAACUUGUCGGUUAUGCUUCAAGACGGUGCCGCCCGCGAAUGCUUGCAAGCGCAAAUGGAAGCCGAGCGCGCGGCCAUUCUCCAUCAAGCUGUGCAAGAAAAACAUCAAAUCGGUGUCCUGACCGCAAGCAAUGCGAGUGCGCCGGACGACCAUGAGGACGCGAUUGCGGCGUUGCAAGCGGCGCACAUGCGCGAGUGGGCGCGGAAGCAGCAAGAGCUCGACGACGAGGCGCAACUCCGUCGAGACCACCUCGCCGCGCGACUUCAGCGACAGCGCAAGCGAAACGAGGCUCUGCCGACGGCUGAGCGCGAGGCCGCAGAAGCGGUGGCUCUGGUCGCGGCCGAGCAAGAUACCCGUGCGAUUGAUCUUUCGCUUGCCACUCAGAAAGAGGCGCUCGACAGAGACUUGCUAUUGGCAAAGGCCAAGCUCGGUCAGCUGUCGCCCGACGACCACGAGCUCGUCGAGAAGCUGCUCCACGAGCACGAAGCCAAGUGGGCCGACCGGCAACGGCAACUGCGCGACGAUCAUGCGAUGGCCAAGGCGAGCUUGGCCGCUCGUUUGAAGAAGCGAGUGCACCCUACACUGAACGCUCUAGCGACGGCGGCGGUCGAGAACGCCUGUGGCGCACAGGACCACGCGAUCGCUUUGGGCGCCAUGCUUGAAAAAGCACAGCUCGGUCAGCAGCCACCAGUCGACGCAGCCACGUUGGCCUCUGUCAAGGCGUCGCUGGCGGCGUCCACACGCGCGCAACUGGCCACGCUCGACGCCCUUGAGGCUGAAGUCCCACCGGGCGACGAGAUGGCUGACGCCGUCAAGAGCGCGAUUCAUGCUGAACGAAGCAUGGUGAUGGCCCACGACAUGGCGCAGCAGCGCCAGCUUUGGGUCAUCGUUGAGGCCACUCGCGAGCCCAAGAGUCUUUUUGACUACAGCAAGCUCGCCAACCAGCUGUUGGACGACCACGAUCAAGCGUGGAAGGAUCGUAUGCGUCGCCUUCAGAGCGAAGAAGACCAACUGCGAGCGCGUCUCCAGGAGCGGCUGGCCAAGAAACGUGCGCGCAAUGUAGCAUCCGACUCGGCAGCGGUACGACCCAAGACCGCGGACGAAGCAGCCGUCCUCGAAGCCGAGAUUGACCGGCAAAUGGAGCUGCAGCGCGAUUUGCUCGAGCUCCGGCGCUUGACCGAGAAGCAGGCAGCGAACGAUCUCUCGUCCGACGACGAAGCCACGAUCGAGCGCUUGCGUCGGGAACAUGCCGCCAAGAGAAAGGAUCUCAAGAGCGCACUCUCGGACGAAGAGAAGCGGCUCAAAGCCAGCUUACACGAUCGGCUACAGGCCAAGCGCGAUGCGCUCGCGGCGAAAACGUGGCCGUCCGUGCAAGCCAAAGCACAAGCCCUCCACGAUAUUGUGCAGGAAGAAAAGACGGUGACGCUCGACAUUGAGCACAGCAUGGAUCUCAAAGAGCAUGCAAUUGAUGCCGCGCUGCUCGAGCAACAACAACAGCUGGAUACCUUGUCGACGGGCAACCUCGACGACGAGACCAUCGCCAAGCUGGUCGCGGACCACGACGCGCGCUGGCGUGCGCGCCAGGACGAGCUCGCAGAUGAGGCCAAGCGUCUUCGUGGGCGGCUCAAUGAACGCCUUUCGCACCGGCGGCAGCAAAAUGAAAAGAGCUCGGCAUCGCUCCUUGAAAAGCAGCAAAUCGAAAAAGACUUGGCGGCCGACGAGGCACUGCUUCGAGACGCGUUGGAGAAGCAGCUUCACGCCAGCGUCGACCAGCUCGCAGCGCAAAAGCUCGCCGAGAAGGCGCGUCUCGGCGCGCUCACAUCUGACGACGAAGCGCUCAUCCACAAGAUUCAAGAAGAGCACGCCGCUCGCGCCAAAAUGCGCCAGAGCGAACUCGACGACGAAGAGAAGCGGCGAAAGGACAUGCUUCGCGCGCGUCUGGCGGCCAAGCGCGCGCUCACCGCUGCGAGCGCCAAGCCACAAGAGGAGAAGGAUGCGAUUACGAUGCAACUCGACGCGCAAGAGCGCAAGGAAGUCGAGCAAAUUGAAGCGGUGGUCGAUGCCAAGCGCGCCGUGGCCACGACGACUGCCGCGAUUGUCAAGGCCGUGCUACCGCCACCCAACUACGACUCGGAGAUUGAUGCGCUGCAUGCGGAACAUGCCAAGCGCAAGGCGGAGCGCGAUCAACAGCUCGAAGACGAAGCCUCGCGGCUCCGUGGACGGCUCCAGGACCGCCUCGCGAUGCGCAAGCGGCACGACGCCAUCUCAGACGCCGAGGCGGCAGAGCUCCAAGCGCAGCUCGAGGCCGAUUUGGCCCACAAAAAGGCGGACGCGGAGCGAGCGACGCUGCUGGAGAAAGCGAGAGCCAAGAUUGCAACCGAGGAAGACGAAGCGCGCAUUCGCCAGCUUUGCAUCGAGCACGACGAGACGAGCAAAGUACGCGAUCAAGCGUUGCGGGACGAAGAAGCCCGCUUGAAGGACCGGCUGCAGCAGCGGCUCGCCAAGAAGCGAGAGAAGGUGCUCGCCUUGGGCAGUGCCAAUCAAGACGUGCUCUUGCGACAACUCGACGACGAGGAAGACCGCGAGGUGGUUGCGAUCGAGUCGACCGUCGACGCCAAGCGCGCCGCCGCGUGGUCGCCGCCGCCCUUUCCAAACCCAACGCUCGAAGACCACGAAGCCGACAUCCAAGCUAUCAAUGCUGAGCAUGCCAAGCACGCGCUGGAGCUUCAACGUCUUUUGGACGAAGAAGAGGCGCUCAAGAAGGCGCGGCUGCGCGAGCGCAUGGAGAAGAAGCGACAGGCGCGCGACCAAGCGUCCGUCGCAAGCAAUCAAGUGCAGCUCGACCAAGCGCUGCUGGACGCAGAGAUGGCCAAGAUCGAGGCCGAGAUGGCGGCCAAGCGGGUCGACGCCGAGGUGCAGGCGCGGGCCGCUGCGGCCGCCGCCGCCAGUGCAAAGGCUGCAUCCCAGAAGCAGGUCGAAGACAUGAUCGAUCAAGUCAAGCGCGACCACGCGCGCGAAAUGGGCGUUCUCCAAGAGUCGUUGAGCGCAGACCGCGCCAAGCAAGAGCUGGCGCUAAAGGAGCGCAUUGCCGCCCGGCGCCAGGCCAAGCACCUGGACAAGACGCAAGACAAGGCCAUUGACGAGGACGAAGCCGCUCAAGUCGAGGCACUCCGUGUCAAGCUCGCCGCCGACGAAGCCGCAGCUCUCGCGGCAGCCAAGCGCAAGGUCGACGACGAGAUAGCAGCCUUGCAGCGUCAAGCGGCAGCCACCGCCGAGCUGCAGGCGCACCGGGCCGCCGAAGAGAAGCAGCUCGCUGAGUCCGAGUAUGCCCGGCUCAAGAGCGAGCACGAGACCGAGAUGCAGCAGCUCCAAACGACCCUCGACUCGGAGCAGGCACGACAAGAGCAAAAACUCAAGGACCGCAUUGCGCAACGCCGCCUUGCCAAAGAGAAGGAGCUGAGUCACGUCGCCGAAGCCGACAACGUCGCCAAGGUCCGCGCGGCGCUCGAUGAAGAAGAGCGUCUCGAGAAGGCCAAGUUGGCCUCGGACCUCGCGGCCCAAGCCGAGGCCGCACUACAAGAAGAGCGAGAGCGCCAGGCCAAUGCAGAGAAAGCAGCAACAGACAAGCUUGCGCAAGCCGCGAUCGAAGCGGCGGCGGCAACGGCCGCCAUGGACGCGUUCCGGGCCGCCGAGUUGGACCGUGUCUCGGCCGAUUUCCAAGCGCAAAUGGCGCAGCUCGCGCAAGCCCACCACGUGGAGGCGACGACGCAGAAGAGCAAGCUAGAGAUGCGUAUGGCGGCCAAGAAACAGCGAAAGGCACUCGAGCUCCAAGCCAAGAAGGAAGAGGAGACCCAGCGGCUCCUCGCGGCCCAGGCCGCCGAAGCGCAGCAAGUGCAAAGUCGUCUCGAGGGUGCCGCCGCCUUGGCCCAAGCAACUGCGCUCGGCAACGCCGUGCCCGACGAGGACCCGUCGUUGGCGGCUGCGCGAGCCGAGCUUCUUGCCAAGCAAGCCUCUGAGAAGAAGCGACUCGAAGAUGACGCUCAGCGGGAACUCGAACUCGCUCAGAGCCAGCUGCAAGCCAAGAUGCAGCGAGAACUCGACGCGACGCGGACCUUGUUGCAGUCGCAGCUCACCGAGUCUCAGGCGCAGGUCCAAGUGAAAGCCGAGCUUGACCGCGUCCAAAACGAAUAUCACGAGAAAGAGCGCGCGCUCACCGACAGUCUCAAGCUCGAGUCGAGCCAGAAGAAGAAGGAUCUCAUGCGCCGCCUCGAAGAGAAGAAGCGCAAGAAGACCGAGGACCUUCUCGCCAAGCAGCAAAUGGAGCGCGAUGCGCAGAAAGACCAGCAAGAAACCCUCGCCAUGAAGCUCGAAGUUGACCGCGAAGUGGCCAUGAUCCAAAAGCUCUUGGCGCAAAACCAAAUCGUGCUCUCGCAGUUGCGCCCGCUCGUCCAGCGCGUGGUCGAGAAGCGGCACAAACGUGAGCAGUCGCUCCUCUUUGCGCGGCAGUACCGCAACCGCGCGGCGGUUCUUCGCGACGGACUCCACGCCCUCAUGCUCGAGAAGAACGCGGCGAAAGAAGCGCUGCUCGCAACGCUAAGCGCCGUCGAUGCAGCGACCAAGGACGCGCAGCUCGACGAGCUCGAUGCAACGUUCCGUGUGCGACAGCAAGAGAUGGAGGCCCAUGGCACGAGCGACAUGGAGGCCGCCCAGUUGAGCGAGCAAGAAGCGCUCCGGACGCGUCAAGUGGCCGACGUCAACGGGCUCGUCGAGCGCUUUGCACCGUCGUGCCUCCCCGACCCCGUGGCGCCUCUGGUGACUGCACCAGUUGCUGCAGCGACAACGACCACCAUUGGGAGCUCGCUGAUGCUUCACGAUGAACACGCUGCGUUGCGCGCGCAUCUCGAGCUUGAAAAGCAGAAGCGCAUCGACGACAUUGUACGAGAAAGCCGUGCCGCCAUGCAGCAGCUGCGCGAGACGCUGGCCACCGAGUGGGCAACGAUCGACGCACAAGCAGCGGCGCAGCUCGAAAUGGAGCGGACAGCCGCCGACAUCCAGAAACAAAGCGUUCUCGCCAAGUCCAACGGCCCCCGCCAAGCGGUGAUGCUCAAGACACUCGAGUCCGAGUGGCAAAAGCAGUUUGCGUCGUUGGCGAAUAUGCUCAAAGCGCGCGCGCAAAAGAAGAAGGAGCGAUGCGAGCGCGUCUGCAAGCGCAAGCUCAAGCGCCUCGACGACGACACCAAGCGGCGCAUCGACGUGGUGCAUGCGCAGACAAUGCUCGCGCUCACCGACGAGAUCGCACGCGCCAAGCAUCAGCCACCGCCGCCCGCAGCAACCGAAGCCACCGCUUUGAGCGCCAACAACGUGCCGCUGGUGGGCUUUGGCCGCGACCGGCUUCAAAAUGCGAUCGGGAAAGCGCGCACGAUGAGUCGACUGGGAAGCUUUACGGGGCCAGCGACACCUCGGGAGACGCAAGAGCGUCGGCAAUUAGCGGCAUCCAUCGUUCUCCAAGAGCCACCAGCCCCCGUGCGGGAGGACGAGCUGACGCCACGCGCUCCGGUCAAAGCAGAGAACGCGGGGCCGGACCCUGUUGCGGUGAUCGCCCAAAAGCUCGAUAGCAUCGAGCGUUUGAUCCAGCUCAUUGGCACGACCAAGCCACCGGUCGUCGACAGUAUCAAACCGUCCGACACGAAAGCCGCCGUGCUGCAAGCGUACCCGGGUAUCGAGCAAGACGUGCGCACGCCGGCGGGGCCGUUGCAGGCGCUGGAGGAUGCUGGCCUGCCGCCCCGCCAAAAGCUCCGCUUGGACUUUGGCCGGUCGCUUGCUACUGCGCUGGAAGCAAACAUUCGCGUUGUCGCUGCCACGUCACUGCCACUCAACCCGUCGAAAGGCGUGUUUCAACACUCGAUUUACUGGGAUCCUCAAUCGAGCACUCUGUAUCUGCGGCAGUCGCACCUCGAGAGCGCGGCCGAGCUCGCGAUUCUGCUCGUGCACACGCUCGCCCACCUGCAGGCGCAGUCGAGUUCGUUUGACGACGAUACGGCGCCGGCGUUUGUGACGGGCUUCUAUCGGCUCCUCGGACGCUGCUACCAGGAGUUUUUCGCCAAAAGCGACCACGUCCUCCCUGCUGUUGUGGCAACGCCUGCUGCGAUCCCACCGUUGGAGCUGAAGCCGCUGCACUUCCAGUCGGAGCGCAUUACGCAGCGGCUGAGUGAGAUGCAGUCGUUCCUGGCGCGCAUCGACGACGACAGCGCCGACAGCAUGUCGUCCGAGGCGUUGCCCAAGCGAGGACCGUCGCCACGCCUCAAGAAAAUGGGCUCGAGCCGCGUGUUCUUCAUGGCCAACUCGGAACAGCAAGUGCAGUCGCUCCAGGAGUGUCUGGACAUUGCAGAGAAGGCGUACAUGGAGACCCUCAAGCGCUUUACCGAAAAUAGCGACUCGUUGGAGCUCCUCGACGACGCGCUCCAUGAAGCGCAGGCCGAGGGCCAAUCGCCCGACGAGAUUCAGAGUCUCCAGCUACAGUACAAUGAAGCCGCCAUGGACCUCGAGCGCGUCAAGAAGGACCGAGACGAAGUCGCUCAGCGCUGCGAGAAGCUCCGAAGCGAAAUCAAGUCCAAGCUCGGCAAGACAUAGAGCUACAUCUCUAGGCUAACAAACAAUGCAUCGACCAUGAAUGUAUACGAGGAUCGACUGCCUCACCAAGGCUCUACAGAGA